AUGUUAUUGGCACAUGUAUUUUACCUGCUUUUCCCAAUUAUUACAACAUCUCUGGCUAGAGAACUUUUUGUAUAUACUGUAGCAACUGAUGAUAAUGAUGCUUUUCAAAGAUUUAAGAGAUCAGCUGAUAUUUAUGGUUACAAUGUUAAAGUUCUUGGAUCCGGAGAAACUUGGCUUGGUGGUGAUGUUGCGAAUUUUCCCGGUGGCGGACAGAAGGUUCGCUUAUUGAAAGAAGAGCUGGAACAUUUGGCUGAAGAUAAAGAAAAUCUUGUCUUAUUUUUGGACAGUUAUGAUGUCGUGUUUAUGGAUACAGAAGAUGUUUUCCUUCAAAUCUAUGAUGCUUUGGGGCAUCGAGUAAUUUUCUCCGCAGAGAAGUUCUGUUGGCCUCAAGCUUAUCUUGCGACUAAGUAUCCAACUGUAAAAGAGGGCGAAAGCCGUUUCUUGAAUUCCGGUUCAUUUGUUGGACCUGUUGCCGAUAUUUACGAAUUAGUCACUCACAGUCCCAUUGCAAAUGAAGAUGAUGACCAACUUUACUACACAAAUAUUUUCCUCGACUCAGAACUUCGAGAAAAGUAUGAUAUUGCCCUAGACACCCGUUCCGAACUCUUUCAAAAUCUCAACGGCGCUCUUGAGGAUGUCAAGAUUGGUUACAAUGAUGAUACCGGCUACUUGGUUAACACGAAAACCGGUAGUCAACCAGUAAUUGCACAUGGAAACGGACCAAUCAAGGUUGCUUUUGUACUAUUUUAUGAUUCUAAAGUCACAGUUUUUAAUAAAAAGGUCAAAUUCAACUCCUUGACAAACUAUCUUGCCAAGACUUGGACUCCAGCAAAAGGCUGCAUCCACUGUAGUGAAGACAAUAUUUUUUUGGAUGAACUUUACUCUGAAGCCUAUCCUGUUGUCCAAAUUUCUGCAUUUAUCUCAUCUCCAACCCCUUUCUUGGAAAACUUCUUCAAGAAUCUUGCCGACUUAGAUUAUCCCAAACACCGAAUUUAUCUAACUCUAUAUUGCAAUAUUGAGGAACAUUAUUCUUCUCUUCUUGAGUACAAUGUGACAAAAGGCUAUGAAUAUAAAUCAGCAAUUAUAAUUCCAGAAACGGAAUUUAAAACAGAUAUUGCUGCAAAGAAUUAUGCUUGGUAA